CUCUACACUACAGAACAUAAGCUUUCUGCGACAUCAAGGCCAAUACCCUCUGUACCUGAAGUUUGCUGCCAUCACCGCGUUCAGCCGCCCCCUCUUGCCGCAUCGCUUCCCUCGCGGACUUCCGUCUACAGCAAACUGUCGAAUGAAUAGCACCUGUGUAUGGCGCAUACUCGCAUUCCCUCCACGUUACGUUCCUCGAUCGAAGGUCAUUGCCUCCGACCCUUUCGCACCACCAAGACUUCGAGGACCUUUGUCCGGACCUCAUACGACGCACAAUAAUAAUAAUUAAGCGACAACCCCCGUCCCGAGUCCCCGAUGGCACCACAUGCGGCAGACCCCCCGACUCCUGCGGGACAGGAGACGGGGCCAAGCGACAGCAAUCCGAUCGGACCCCCGUCUGGUCUUUCCGCAAUACCUUCGCGGUACAAUUCUGAACAGGGUCUCCGGCAGAGCAUGAAGCAGAUCGGUUACGACGAGGCGCGCGAAGACGGCUACCGCUUGAAGGGCGUCCAGCUGAUUGACAGCGUUCGCCAAAGCCUGCAAUUGCCUGUCAAGACAUUCGACACGGCUGCGACAUAUUACCACAAAUUCCGUGUGCGGUUCCCGAGUAACGAGUACAACUACGAGGACGUUGCUUUGGCAUCCCUAUUCGUGGCUUGCAAGGCCGAGGAUACCAUCAAGAAGUCGAAAGAGAUCCUCUGCGCGGCGCACAAUCUUCGGCAACCUCAUGACCACAAGACGCCAGAUGACAAGAUCUUUGAAGCCCCGUCUCGCUUUACAGUCGGCCUAGAGCGGCACAUCCUCGAAACCGUCGGCUUCGACUUUCGGGUUCAGUACCCGCAGAAGUUACUCAUCAAGAUGGUCAGGAAGAUGUUUCCGCGAGAAGAACAAGGAACCAUGGAGGAGGGCAAGAGAUUUCUUCGAGUUGCCUACAACAUGUCGAUCGACUUGUACAAAACGUUCGCGCCGAUCAAGCAGGCCACUUUCACCUUGGUGCUCGCCAUUCUUGAGCUGACCGCUCUUCUCUUGGACACCAACCCAGCAAAUACACGAGAGUUUCGGGAUGCUUCGGCGUGGCAUUCCCACAGACCUUGCGUGCUGGAAACCAUUCUUGACCUGUUGGACUUAUACACGCAGUUCCCCAAGUCCACCAAGAUCGGAACGCAGUUCGCCCUUCAGAAACUGAUGGAUGUCAAGAUCGACAUCAACAAUCUGAUAGCGAGAGAGAAAUACCAACGCUACCACGAAUGGUGUGAUCGGUGCGCUCCGGAUGUGCUAGACACGCGGUCCGUCACGCCGGGCUCAGCCACGUCACCGGCAACGAAUCCUUCGCUAUCCGGAAACAGCUCGAAACGCAAGAGGGCACCCAAUGAAGGGACGCAGCGGUUUGUUUUUGAUGCCGACGAGGCGAGGAAGGAGAAGGAGGUUGUCUCACGAUACUUCAACGACGAAUACGAGGAGCAUGAGGUGGAGGUGGAGGAACCGAUUAGGGAGUCGGAGCCGCGCCAUCCAGGGCGGACGAACCAUUCGUAUCGCAGCCACGGCCACAGCCAAGGAGAUUAUGGCUGGCCAGGUCAUCACCAUCGGAGCAACAGACACGGACAUCCCAGUGACCGGCAUAGAAGUCGACGGGGCCAUGGCUAUUGAGGGAAUGCGGGCAAGUCACCGAAUCUGGCAAGUGUCUGGAACUUUUCUCUUUUUUAGUACGUCGUUAUGAUACCCAUCAUCGAUGCCGACGGCCCGUAAGCGAUUCAACACGAGGUUUGUAGUGCCUACCGUCCUGGAUAUUGCGCGUCAUAUCUUGGCCAGAAUCCCCUCAUUCAAGAUGAGGAUUGAUCACGGAGAACUCUCAAACGUGGCGGACGCCUCU